AUGACAAGAAUUUUUAUAUUUAAAUUAUUAAAAAUUUUUUUCUUAAUCUUUAACAUAUUUAUUAUAACAUCUUCAAUUCCAAUUAGUAUUUCAUCUAAUUUGACAAAUUUUUACAAAUCUCAGUAUGAUGAUAAACAAAAUUUUACAUGGAUAUCAUUACAUAGAAGCAUUGGAUCACCAGAUAUAAUAUAUUUACCUAAAAAUGAAAAUAAUUGUUCAAAGCUAUCUAAAUCAUUAUCUAAAAUAAAUGAUAAUAUUUAUUAUUGUCAAUGCCCAUUAAAUGCUCCAAUUUUUAAUUCUGAAAAUAAUAAAUGUAUUGACCGUCUAGAUAGUGAUUGUAACAAUGAAAUAAUUUUUAAUAUUUCUAAUGAUGUUGAUUCAAAAUACAUACCAGUUUUUAAUUUGCCUAAAAAGGGUAAUGAAAUGGUGGAUGGUAAAAAUGUUAGAUUAAAAGAAAAUGAGAUUUUUAUAUUAAACAAUAAUAAUUUUUGUGAAAUUAUAACAGUAGAAAGUCUUGAUUCAACAAACAAUUGGAAAAUAUUUGAUACAAAUAUUUUUAAAUUUAUUAUUGAUAAAGAUUAUAUGAAGAUUAUCUGGAAUGGAUUACCAAAAGAUGCGAGAAUGAUUGAAGGAUCAAUUGUUAAAAUUAAAUUACAUUGUCCAAAUAGUACAAAAAAUGAAUAUUGUUUAUCUUUUCGUAUACAAGGUUAUCAAUUUUCUGGGAUAACAGAUAUAGACCUUGAUAAUUUUAAUUCAUUAAGAUUAACUGUUAUCAUAAUAAUUAUAUUAGCUAUUGCUUUAAUUUUAGUAACAUUUAUUGGUAUUAUAUUAUGGUUAAUAUGUUGGAAAAUUAAAAAAACAGAAAUAAUAUCUACAUUUCAACUUCAAUUUUUACAACAUAUAAAACAAGAAAAAGAAAGAACAGCAGCUGAUAUUGCUAAAUAUAGAGCUGCAUUGGCAGCAUCACAACAUAAUGAUAUAAAUGGACAAAAUCAUUGUUAUAAUACAUUUGAUGAUAAAAAUAAUGAUAUAACAUUAAUGUAUAAAAAUAAUAAUAAUCAAUCAAAUUUAAAUAAUAAUAAUCAAAUUGUACAACACAAAAGAAAAUUAUACUUUAGUACAGAAUUUUUUGAACCACAUAUGAUGGCAAAUCCACCUGAAAUUGCAGAACAAUUUUUAGUUGAAUUAAGAAAAAUGAUUGAAAGUGCUAAAAAAAGAAUAAAAGCACAAAAACAUGUACCAUCAUUAUUUAGUAUACCAGAGGAACCACUUAACUUUGAAGAUGAAUUACAAGAAAUUAUUACAAAUAUAAAAGAAGAUGUUAUAUCUAGUAGUAAUACAAAUUCUCCUAAAUCAACAAAAUCAACAGACUCUGGUAGAGAAUCAAUGAAAGAUUCUUGUUCUAGUAAUGAUUCCCCAACCAACUCACCAGUUUUAAAAAAAAAAGAAAUUACAACAAAGAAUGUUACAAAAUAUAAUGAUAUACCAUCAACUGGAAAUGGUAUAAAAAAUUUUAAAAAAAUUGUUAAACCUUCUUUAUCAAAUAGUAAAAAUGUAGCAAAUCUUAUUGGAACAUUUGAACAAAAAAAAGAAGAAAUAAAUAUCAAAAAAAAUAUUAAUGAAAAAGUAUUUAUAAAUAAUGAUAUAAAUAAUAGUGAAAAAAUAUCUAUUUCACCAACAAAAGCAGUUUCAAAAAUCCCUAAACCAUCAGAUAAAAGUAUUGCUAUUUCUCCAAAAUUAUCUCAACGUAAAUUGAUUCCUAUGGAAUCUGUGACAAUUGAAAAUAAACCAUCUAAAAAUGUGGUUGAUGAAAUGAUACCAUCAACAACAUUAAAUAAAAUUAAAAAUUUAAAUAAUGGAAAUGAUAAAAAUAAUCCACAAUCAUCAAAAAUUCCUGGUUUAUUUUUAACAAAUUCUCCGGUUAAAUGUCGUCAUAAUUCAUAUUCAAUAAUAUCUACAGGAUCUGAAGCUAUGAGAAAAAAAUCAUUACCAAGAAAAUCAAAGAAACCAUCUGUUAUUUGUAGAGAAAAUUUAAGAGAACAAUCUUUAAGGGAAACCGCAAAUAAUGUAAAAACUGCAACAAAAAUAAACUCUAAUGGAGUUAUUGAAACAAAUAUGUAA